UGAGGCUUUCUUCCUGUCGUAUGCUUUACUCAUAUGGACCGAGACAGGCAGUAGAGUUUAUCAAUUUGGAUGCAUCUCGUGGUGUUUUCACGUUCCCCAUCAUUUCAGUGAAGAGGGGCGACGAAACCGCAACGUUUAUCACCGGGAUUAGGGCCUUGUCUGGGGUGAACAGAUUAUCCUGCACUGCCGACUUGUUGAAGUAGAAAUCAUCAUCCAAAUCGAGUCACCCAGAGUGAGGCCCAGGCAGGAGCUGGCUGCUGCUGACCACGGCACCAUGAUGGAGGGGGGCAUGCAGCUGCUGAACCGUGACGGCCACAGCAUCUCGCACAACUCCAAGCGCCACUACCACGACUCAUUUGUGUCCAUGAACAGGAUGCGCCAGCGUGGCCUGCUCUGCGACAUCGUGCUGCACGUCUCCAACAAGGAGAUCAAGGCGCACAAGGUGGUGCUGGCCUCCUGCAGUCCCUACUUCCAUGCCAUGUUUACAAAUGAGAUGUCGGAGAGUCGUCAGACCCACGUGACCCUGCAUGACAUUGACCCCCAGGCGUUGGAACAGCUGGUUCAGUAUGCCUACACGGCAGAAAUCGUGGUGGGGGAGGGCAACGUGCAGACAUUGCUUCCAGCGGCCAGCCUGCUGCAGCUCAACGGGGUGAGGGAUGCCUGCUGUAAGUUCCUCCUCAGCCAGCUGGACCCUUCCAACUGCCUGGGCAUCCGCAGCUUUGCCGACACGCACUCCUGCAGCGACCUGCUCAAGUCGGCGCACAAGUACGUCCUGCAGCACUUUGUGGAGGUGUCCAAGACUGAGGAGUUCAUGCUGCUGCCUCUAAAGCAGGUAUUAGACCUGAUCUCCAGUGACAACCUGAACGUACCGUCAGAAGAGGAGGUAUACCGGGCCGUGCUGAGCUGGGUCAAACACGACAUAGAUGGGCGCAGGCAGCACGUACCCUGGCUGAUGAAGUGCGUGCGUCUGCCCCUGCUGCGGAGGGAUUUCCUCAUGAGCAACGUGGACACGGAGCUGCUGGUGCGCCACCACUCUGAGUGCAAGGACCUGCUCAUCGAGGCCCUCAAGUACCAUCUUAUGCCCGAGCAGAGGGGUGUGCUGAGUAACAGCCGUACCCGGCCGCGCCGCUGCGAGGGCGCCAGCCCCGUGCUCUUCGCCGUCGGUGGCGGCAGUCUGUUUGCUAUCCACGGUGACUGCGAGGCCUACGACACGCGGACUGACCGAUGGCACAUGGUGGCAUCCAUGUCCACUCGGCGGGCACGUGUGGGCGUGGCGGCCAUUGGCAACAAGCUGUACGCCGUGGGAGGGUAUGACGGCACCUCAGAUUUGGCCACAGUGGAGUCCUACGACCCUGUCACCAACUCCUGGCAGCCUGAGGUUUCAAUGGGGACGCGACGGAGCUGUUUGGGCGUGGCAGUGUUGCACGGCCUCCUGUACGCCGCCGGUGGUUAUGACGGAGCUUCCUGUCUCAACAGUGCAGAGCGGUACGACCCUCUCACCAGUACCUGGACCUCCAUCGCUGCCAUGAGCACCCGAAGGAGAUACGUCCGUGUGGCCACUCUUGAUGGCAGUCUGUAUGCAGUAGGAGGAUAUGAUAGCUCCUCACACCUAGCAACAGUGGAAAAAUAUGAACCACAGAGUAACGCGUGGACAGCCAUCGCCAAUAUGCUGAGUCGACGCAGCAGUGCCGGGGUGGCCGUGCUGGAGGGCAUGCUCUAUGUCGCCGGGGGCAACGAUGGCACCAGCUGCCUAAACUCGGUGGAGCGAUUCAAUCCCAAGACCAACGCCUGGGAGGGCGUGGCGCCCAUGAACAUCCGCAGGAGUACCCACGACCUGGUGGCUAUGGACGGCUGGCUGUACGCAGUGGGCGGCAACGACGGCAGCUCCAGCCUCAACUCCAUUGAGAAGUACAACCCGCGCAGCAACAAGUGGGUGGCGGCCUCCUGCAUGUUCACGCGGCGCAGCAGUGUGGGGGUGGCCGUCCUAGAGCUGCUCAACUUCCCGCCGCCCUCGUCGCCCACGCUCUCCGUGUCCUCCACCAGCCUUUGACACGGGGCUAAGCUCUGGCUGACCUCAGCCUCAACCUCGGCCUUGGUUGCCACCGCACAGCCAGGCCCCAGCAAGAGACGCAACUGCUCUGUGUGAAGAGGAGGGAGUGAGAUGAUGCAUAUACUUGAAUCAGGUAGCGAGAGGGAGAGUGGAGAAAAUGGCUUGAGAGAGAGUGGGAGGGGUACAGUUUGAGGGAGAGUGGAGAGAAGGGCUUGAGAGACUGGGAGGGGUACAGUUAGAGGGAGAAGAGGUGAUGGGAAGAGCGAGUGAAGAAGAGUGAAAGAUGGAGAGAGAAACACACAGAGGGGGCUGCUGGAUCUGGUCUCUUUCCCUGAAGUCUCACUGUAUUACCGUAAAGAUACCAGCUUCUAGUCUAUUGAAGAACACAGGAGAGUUUUCCUCAGAUAAAGAGGUUGGGAAAAAAACACCAUUUGCAAUCCAAUACCGUCUCUGAACCGAUUUUAACUUAGGAAUGUAGCUAUUGACUGGUUCUGCCAUGCAUGUUUACUGACAUUGUGUCCUGGCAGGCAGGAAUAAAAAUGAGUAGUGCAGCUGUAUGUGUCACACUAGGUGGCAUUAAUGGGCAAUGUUGUUUACCGUCCUACCCUACAGACGAGCCUUGUGUAAUAGAGUGUUGCCCCUAGAUAUUUUCCAGCAUUUCCCCUUAAAUGGUUAAGGUUAGUAUUGAGGAGGGGAAGCUGAUCCUAGAUCUGUACCUAAGGAAAACUUCAACCAACCAGCUGGAGAAGAAGGAAAAAAAAGAAUGUAGCUAUUGAUUCGAGAUCUAUCGUUACUCUAAACUGUAAAUUAGUUUAAUUUCUUUAAAAAAUAUAUAAGAACAGAUAAUAUGAUGUUGAAUUAUUUAUUAAAUGUAAAAAAAAUAUAUAUAUAUAGCUAAUAUAUUACGACCAUUUCAAUGAUGCUUUGUGAAAAGCAAAUGGACCACUGCUACGACUCGAGUGCCGUAUUAUUUUUAUUUUGUUGUGUUAACGUCGUGCAUAUCAUUGAUGGAAGUGUGUCCGAGAGGAUGUCAAAAGUGGGAAGUUGUUCGGUUUGAGCGUUGAGUAUAUCAGAGUGAAGGAUUGAUAAGGAUUUUUUAAACUGUUGAAGAUAUCAGGGCCCGUAUUCAUAAAGUGUCUCAGGGUAGGAAUGCUGAUCUAGGUUCCCCCUUAUUCAUAAUGAUUUAAAAGGAUAAACUGAUCCUAGAUCAGCAUUCCUACUCUGAGACACUUUUUGAAGACGGGCAGAGGUCAACUGAAAUAUCUUUAUUAUUUGUAAAGGACAACAGUUAAAAGAAAGAGGUUUAUUUUGUUCAUGCAGUGUUUAUUCUUUUGCCGGAUGGUACCUUGACUGAAAAUGUAAAAUAUUUUUCAAAAGUAGCCUUGUCACUGCCACAUGUAUUUCACAACCAAUGUCAUUAGUAGUUAUGGCAACUGAUGUCCAAUACGGUUGUAUGGAAGGCUAUGGUAUGCAAGCUUGCUUGUCCGCUAGCUAAUUAGAAGACCCCAAUCCAUUGUAUAGAUCAUUAUCAUUCAUAAACCCAUAGUGGUAUCACGAUCAUGACAGCUUUGAAAUGGCUAAGGAGCAGAAGGUUCAAGUAAUGUGUAGGCAAAUUAACACAACACUAAUCUUAAUACUUAAGACUAGCUGCGGCAAUGUCAAUGUGGAAACAUUUUUGGUGCUUUCAUUUUGUGUUACCUACUCAUCAUUUUGUACUUUCCCUCAUCAUACCUCUUCCUGUAUUGUUGAAAAGGAUCCAAAGUUACCACAGCAAUGUUUACGGAGUAAACGUGUGACAACAUGUAGUAUAACUCUAAGCUCUAACGAUACUCUGGAGCACGUCAGAUAAUACCAUUCUUUGGAAGUUCCACAAAAUGGCACACAUCAAAGCAAAGGCUGAUUGGUUAAGGAAAUGAAACUGUUUCUACAUACUCAAUACUGAUACUUUACCUGAGGUUAAAGAGCUGUGUCAGCCACGACAGGUCCUAAUUUUAGUUUUUGACUCGUCACAGUUAGCUAGGUUCAAUAAAUAGGCUAUUUAGAGCAGUGUGAUCAAAUGUAAAACUUCUGAGAAGCUAUUUAUUUUCCUUUUUUCAAAGGAUUUUGUUGAUCUGGUUUUGUUUUUCCGAACCCCCCCCAGUAAUGGUGAAGUGUUUUGUCCCCAAAUCGCAAAAGUGGUUGCAGUGAUGUCUUCUGUGACGUCAUGGUCCGGUUGUAUACAGAUUGUUUUAAGAGGUCUUUUUAGCGACCAGAAAAACACUUAUUUAGCUGGUUGUAAUCUGGUAUCUAACCAGGCGUCUCUACAACCAGAAAACCUAUUUACAACCAGAAAAUGACGUCAUUAUAACAUUCCAUGCCAAAUUUUACACGGUGGGUUCGUGUGAGCUCAUAAUGUACCAGGAGUGAAAUCUCCACACAAGAACUUGGCCUCCAUUUAGUUGAAUCAAAUGUAACGAAGGAAUUGCCCAAAUUCUCGGAUUGAAUGCAUUGUCAAUGUGACUGUAGCUUUUUUAGUUAACACAUUAUUGUUCAAUGUGACCUGCAUCGUUUAUUUAUAUGUUAUAUUUAUCGAGAAAAUGUAUGGAGAAACGUUGCACUAUUGUGAAAUGGAGCAAUACACUGUAUAGAAAAUAAAUAAAGAUGCUUUCAGGUGUGAGAA